GGUCUCCGCCGGCUCGCGCCCCCUCCCCAGGCUCCCCCGCCGCCCCCUCCCUCGGCCUGGCCGUCUCCGGCGGCCACCCAGCUCCCCCCCGCACUCCACCCCACCCCCCGGAGUCUUUUUAUCAGGGGCGCCGCCGUCUCACCUGGUAUUUGCAUCUCGCCCUCCAACUUGCCAUUGGCGGCGCGACGUGUGGGAGAGCCCUGUGCCUUGCCCGCCCGGACCAGCCUGCCCCGGCGCCGAGGUCCCGGCGCCACCGGCCCGGCCCGGCUUCCGAAGGGAGAAGGCGAGCUGGCGUGGGUGGGGACCCUCCUCUGGGCCCCUGGAGCGGGGAAGGGACCACAACGACCGAUCCCAGCCCGGCGACCGAGCCCACUCGGCCUCAGGUCACUCCUGCGAUUGACCCAACCCAGCAUGCAGCCUUGAACCUGGCUUAGGCCACCACCUACUCCAGCUCUCUACACCCCCUAUCUUACCGUAGUUUGGGCUGUAGGCUCUAAGCUCCAAGGUACCUGAACAGCGUCUCUUCAUCAAGAAAACCCCACAGCUCCAGAGGGCCCAGCGAAUGCUGCUGUCGGCUCUCUGAGAAAACACCAUGGCUAUUACCCUACAGCCCAGUGACCUGAUCUUUGAGUUUGCAAGCAACGGGAUGGAUGAUAUCCACCAGCUGGAAGACCCCUCGGUGUUCCCAGCUGUGAUCGUGGAACAGGUACCCUACCCCGAAUUACUGCAUCUGUACUCAGGACUGGAGCUGGACGACGCUCACAAUGGUAUCAUAACAGACGGGACCUUGUGCAUGGCACAGGAUCAGAUCCUGGAGGGCAGUAUUUUGCUGGCAGAUGACAAUGAAGCAACCUCACAAACCAUGUCAACCACUGAAGUCUUGCUCAACGUUGAGUCUCCCAACGACAUCCUGGAUGAGAAGCAGAUCUUCAGCACCUCCGAAAUGCUUCCUGACUCAGACCCUGCUCCAGCUGCCACUCUGCCCAACUACCUGUUUCCUGUCUCUGAGCCUGAUGCCCUGAACAGGGCGGGUGACACUGAUGGCCAGGAGGGACACUGUCUGGAGGAGAAGGUCCCCAGAGAGGAAAGUGCCAAGAAGACUGGAAAAUCAAAGAAGAGAAUCCGGAAGACUAAGGGCAACCGCAGUACCUCACCAGUCACUGACCCUAGCAUCCCCAUUCGGAAGAAAUCUAAGGAUGGCAAAGGCAGCACCAUCUAUCUGUGGGAGUUCCUCCUUGCACUUCUGCAAGACAGGAAUACCUGCCCCAAGUACAUCAAGUGGACCCAGCGAGAGAAAGGCAUCUUUAAGCUGGUGGACUCCAAAGCCGUGUCCAAGCUGUGGGGGAAGCAGAAAAACAAGCCUGACAUGAACUAUGAGACGAUGGGCCGGGCACUAAGAUACUACUACCAAAGAGGCAUCCUUGCCAAAGUGGAAGGGCAGAGGCUGGUGUACCAGUUUAAGGAGAUGCCCAAGGACCUGGUGGUGAUCGAAGACGAGGAUGAGAGAAGUGAAGUCACGGCGGCCUCCCCUCAGGCCGCCACUCCCUGCACCUCCUCCGCCAGCACCACUAGGCGAGCCAGCUCCAGGGUCUCAGGGAGAGCUGCUCCCCAGGGCAAGGCAGGCCCUUCCUGGGAAAAGCCAAAGGUUCAGAGUGUUGGCUUACAGCCAUCUGCGAAUCUGGAACUGGGACUGUCUGCAGAUGAGGAGAUCCCUACUACCUCCGCCGUGCUUGCCCCUCCCCCAGAGAGCCAGGCCAAACUCCCCAAAGCCGUGAGUAGUUCUUCAGUGCCCAGUAACAUCCACCUAGGAGUGGCCCCUGUGGGGUCAGGCUCAGCCUUGACGCUGCAGACAAUCCCACUGACCACAGUGCUGACCAACGGGCCUCCUGCCAGUACUACUGCUUCAACCCAGCUUGUUCUCCAGAGUGUUCCACCUGCUUCGACCUUCAAGGACACCUUCACUUUGCAGGCCUCCUUCCCCCUGAACACCAGUUUCCAAGAAAGUCAGGUGGCAGCACCAGGGGCUCCGCUGAUUCUUAGUGGUCUCCCCCAACUUCUGGCUGGGGCCAGCCGUCCGACCAACCCAGCGCCAUCCUCCGUCACAGGGGCUGGAGCAGCAGGGCCCAGCUCUCAGGGCCCUGGGACUGUCAUUGCUGCCUUCAUCAGGACUUCCAGUGCCACAGCAGCCCCUGCGGUCAAGGAGGGGCCACUGAGGCCCUCCUCAUAUGUGCAGGGCAUGGUGACUGGGGCCCCCAUGGAGGGGUUGCUGGUUCCUGAAGAGACCCUGAGGGAGCUCCUGAGGGAUCGGGCUCACCUUCAGCCACUUCCAAGCCAGGUGGUUUCAAGGGGUUCCCUUCCAGGGAACCAGACUUUCUCUUCUCCCAGCCGCCCCACUGUUGGGCUGACCCCAGUGGCUGAACUUGAGCUCUCCUCAGGCUCAGGGUCCCUGUUUAUGGCUGAACCUAAUGUGACCACAUCUGGGAGCCUCCUGACCAGAUCCCCAACCCCAGCGCCCUUCUCCCCAUUCAACCCCACUUCUCUUAUUAAGAUGGAGCCCCGUGACAUAUAAAUGAAGGGGUUGGGGGAGGUGUGUCCCACCAGGCAAAGUUGAGCAGCAGUUUUAUAUGGACUUCGUGUAGCAGAGACUGACUGAAGCAGCACACCUGCCCUUACUUUUCAGUGGGAUGUCAAUAUACCAGAUCUCCUGUCCCCGACCCCUGCCUGGUAUCAUCACAGCCAAGCCAUGCCCAGUUUGAGCAUCCCCGGCGUCAGACCAUGGCCUUCAAAAGCACUAGGGGAUAUGCUUUUGUCAGGGUAAUGGGCUGACUGGGUGAUGGAGUGAAAACCUCCUGAGAAGUUUGUGGCCAGGCUGAGGCAGGGGCUCCCGGGGAAGAGUCCUUCUGUGGGGCUAUAUUUCACCGUCUACAUUUCCUCCACAGGGAAUUUCCUAUCCCAUAUGUGAAUAUCUCUGUAUGUAUUUGUGUGUACUCAUGGGUCUAUAUCUCUGUUUCUUUGGGGAGGAUGGGGGUGUAGCUGUGAGGUCUUCAAGGGUGUGUGUCUCUAUGGGUCAGCUGCAGAGAUGGGGAGUUUUUGUUUUUUUUUUAAGGGAAACCAUUCUCUAAUUCCCUCUGUACAAACCGAGAUUCAGUUGCUCUGAAGUACAAGCUGGAUCCCCCAAAUUGAAAGAGAUGUCACAGAGCUGGAGCAGGUCCAGGGCACGAGGAUUUCAGUGGGCAUGUGUGUUGGGGAAGAUGCAGUUAGAAGGGCCAAGGUCAGACCCAGAUAGAAAGUCCCCAGGCAGGGGCUGAAUUAUUUGAAUGUUUGUGCUGAGGGCAUGGGCUGUAACACCAGCCUCCGCUGGCAUGCUGGCCUGUCCCCCUGAUCUAAUCUGGGUCUCCCUCUUGAUAAAUGUUGUCCCAAUACCUCCCAUCUGUCAGGCAUCACUGGGGCAGCUGUAUUGUGGUGCACGCUGGCUCUGCCUCCGUCCCUGCCUGUGUGUGCCCACUGCUCAGCCUGCCUUCUACUCACCUUAUAGGUUUGCCAACCCACUCACCCCCACAAUGGCUACCGCAGACCUCGAGUAGACCAUUGACACUCAUCUCCAACUUUCAUUUGCACCUGGCCCUGACUCCUCCUGCAGCAAGGAGACAGGAGCCAGUGGAUGUGAGCCCCCAUGACACUUCUCCUGUCUCUGCAUGGUUCCUUGCUUCCAUCUUUCCUCUUUCUGGGGAAGUUUCAACUGAUCCUGUCUUAAGUUAAACCCUCCGCCUAACUCCUCCUUCCCCUUUGAAUUAGCUUGCCUCUCUCCUGUGAAAUUUGGGGGGCAAGGCUAAGAGUUAAGACACAUCGUCAGCCUCAGAAACAAUUAUAUGAUCUGGUGAAUUUGGUUAAUGUGAAUCAGUGCCUCAGGACCUUUGCUGUGUCCUCAGUAUAAAACUAUCCACUAGACCUAACUACCUCCUCAGGUUGUUCUCUCUCUCCUUCUGGUCACUGCCAAGCCUCCUAUCAUUCUCUCCCGCUCUCUUGUUCUUCCCCCUUCUCUCUCUGGAAAGGAAACAUAUAUGGAUGUGCAGGUAUAUUUGUUACAAGUUCCAGCAUUUGGCAUUAAAAUGCCUUUUUCUAAUAUAAUCAGUUUUUUACGACAAACUCCCAAUAAUGGAAAGUGAAACAUCCCGAGAAAGAGUCACCUGUCAAACAAAAUUUGCACAAAGGCGCUGCAUGGAUUAGGGGUGGCCCUGCCCCCCCCCAAGCUCCAUAGAACUCGUCAUCUGAAGGUCACUGAACCCUCACGGUGACAUCAAGUGUCUUCUACACAGUUCUCAGUCCCUGUGAGCCCUCAUGGCUCGUGACACUACUUCCCGCCCCCUCCUGCAGUAGCCGGGCUCUUGGGCUGCCCUCUGUACCUGUGCUGGCCCCACAUCUGCCACUUUAAAUGUGGGUGCCCGCCAAGGGUCUCAGCCACUCUCCUGGCUCUGGCUUGGCUCUUUGGGGGUGGGGCUGAAAUCGAGAGCAGCGGCUCUCACUUUUUCUCCUCAGCUCCCGCUUAUGUUUCCAGCAGCCUGCUGGACAUUUCCAUCCAGAUGCCUAUCAUGCCUCAAAGACAGUCCCUCUAUCAAAAAUGGAUUUGAAAGUCUUUACACAUACACACACACACACACAGAAUCUUUCCUCCCCCAAAACAAAAAGCUGUAAUGACUUGCCUAUUUCUGUUAAAGGUGCCACCAUUUUUCUGACCUUCUAAGCUUGACAUUUCAGAGCCAUCUGAUGGCUGCCUUCAUUUGACCCUGUCCCCUCCCCCUUCUCCUGAAGUCCAGGCCAUUUGCCAUGUCUCUGAAAUCUAGCCUUUCUUCCACAUUCCCAGAGCCUCCAGCCUAGCUCAGACUUACCCAGAGCUUAUUCCCCUUCCCAGACAUAUCAACACACCAUAGUGUGACCUGUCCCCCUCUCCAGAUCUUCCCGGGGCACCGGUCCUAUUCUUUCUGUGCUAAAAAGCCUUCAAUGGCUCCUCUUUGUCUACAGGUAGGGGUGAUACUCAAAAUACUUAGCCUCCAAUCUGUUCUAGGCAGCUGGGCACUAACCCUUUUUUUUGCUGAACCACGAGGCAGUCCAGGGGUCCUGGAGGAGGGAGGAGAGAACAUUUAAGGAUUCAAGGCAGUAAUUCCAAAAGGAAGGUCCCAAGUCUUUGGACCUUCUGGCAAAGGCCCUUCACCAUCAGGCCCCAGCUGACUUCCCUAGUCGUCUCUCACAUUGCUUCCCUGACCCCCGGGGUCCUGCUCCAGUCAAACAGGGAUUCCCCGGCCUUUGAGUUUGCCUCUGUUUGAAGUUUCCCACCUCGGUGGUUUUGCUUUACUUGGUUCUGCUCAACCCGGAUGCUCCUCCCACCCUGUUAGUAUCAAUUUAAUCGUAUCUAUCCUUUAAGACUCCAUUCAUGGAAGUUGCCUCCCCAGACCAGACCCUUAGUGAGUUCUUCAUUUGAAAUUCACGACAAUUGCCACUCUUUUGGCAACUGAUCACAAACAGCCUGUGAUAUCUCCUCUGUUUAUUAUCACAAACUGUUACUUAAAUCUUCAAUGACCUGGGCCUAUUUAGUCUCCCCAUUUAGGGUGCCACCUUCUGAGGGGCGGGGGGACUGUACCAUCCACAGAGCGGGGCAAGCUAUGAACCAUCGAGUGAGCAUCAGCUAAUGAAUGUUACUAAUUGAGCUGCUGAGAGAUGGGGACCAAAGUCUGAGGCUGGUGACCUCUGACCUCUCCUCUGCACAGACAUUCACCCUAGGUGCUCCACUGCCCAGGGCCGGCCCUCCCUGGCUCAGUGCCGUCAUGAUGUCCCCACUCCCACCCCCCUAGCCUUA